GAUUCAUUAGGGGCACCACUAAAGGAACUGCUCACUUGUCUCACUUGAAUCUCUUUAAGUAUGCUUUAGCUGGAUACAAUCUAUGCAUACGUUUAAAUGAAAUUUCUUUAUUUGUUAUAUAUAUUUCAGCGGCAGUGUCCACGCUUUUUUUUCCAAUCAGUGAUCAACACAUUUCUCGCUUUAAGGCAUUACACGUGUCUAUAAAGAAAAACACUUCCUAAAUAUUAUAGCUAGUUGACGGAGAUAAACAGACUUUUUACUUCCGGCAACUGCUUUGACGUCACCAGCCUGCGCCGUCCUAUUGGUCCGUCAGGUUCCCAUGAUGCUCUACGCGUGUCCACGUCCCCUCUGACGAGUGUGUCCGGUGAUGGAUGAAGUCGAGGUGGCAGAAAUCAGCAACAGCGAACCAAAACAAAGCGGAUUUCUUAUUCUCUGGUAACAGGGACGGUGUGGUCACGCAGCCCGGGUCAUUUCUACACACUCCCUGCCUGCUUCUGGUUCUUAUUUCGGCGCUCUAAGCGGAUAGUUCUGGAUUAACGAGUCGGUUUGCAUGAACACCCAGUUUCCGGUCUGUUGCAGCGAUUUUCUAUCCUGCUGAUAAGAACGAUAACAGAGCUCGAAACACCAAACUCGCGAUCUGAUCGUGGCUUGGGUUCAUGGUGUCCAUGUGAACCUCCGUUCCUAGGCGGUGUAAGUGUGUGUCUAAGUGUGUGCCGCUGUCAUGGCGUCUUGGUUGGGGGGUUUGGGUUCAGGCCUGGGGCAGUCUCUCGGUCAGGUCGGAGGAAGUUUAUCCUCUUUCACUGGUCAAAUCUCCAGUUUCACCAAAGACAUCCUACUGGAAGGAGCAGAAGAAGUCGGAGAUGCUGCCACCGAGCUGCACGUGUCUAACUCGAAGCUGCAGGAGCUGGAUUCGGCUUUCGCUGCACAGAAAUCCGAGUAUGAACGCUUGAGGAGAAUAAACGGCGAGCUCGAGGAGAAGUUGGAGGCAGCGGAGAUCCAGAUCAAACAGCAGUCUCUGGAGUACAGGACUAUUCUUCAGCAGAAAGAGGUGGACAUCAGCCACCUAAAAGCCCGCCAAAACAGUCUACAAGAAGAAGUCCAGAAGCUCCGGCUCUCAGCCCACGAUGUCUCGUCUUCCACUUCCGACUCCGCCGUGCUUCCGGUUACGACCGUCGCCACCACAACAAGCUCCUCCUCCUCUUUCUUGUCCCGCCCCUCGGCUGGACAUCACGGAUUCCACAGCGACGAGGUGGACCUGAGCGAUGUCUUGUGGUCUCAGCAGGAAAUCAACCGGCUAUCCCAUGAGGUGCAGCGACUCGAGGCGGACGUUGCUCACUGGAGGAGAGUGGCCCAGGCAUCAAAAGUGUCAGGAGCAGAAAAAGGUGACCAUGGGGAAAUCCUGAAGCUGCAGAGAACUAUCAAAGAGCUGCGAGAGGAAAUGGGCCGUGAGGUCGACGAGCAUCAGCACGAGCUGGCAGCGCUGCAGGACGCUCAUCGGCAAAAAAUGGCAGACAUGGCAAAGCGGCACAGAGACGAGCUGGCAGAGUACGAAGAGAGGAUCGAGGAGCUGGAGGAACAGAUUCAGAGUGGUGAAGGAACCACUUCUAUGCUCCAAACUUCAGCAGCAGCACCUCCAGCGGAAUCCUCCAAACUCGAGGAGCUGCAGGCCACGAUUCUCCUUCGUGAGGAAGCGGAGCUUCAGAACGCAAAGUGCAGUGAGCUAGCGGCGACUCUCAAGGAGGCCCUGCGGCAGGGGGCGGAGCUUCAGCAAGAGAAAGAGGAGGCGAAGGCGGAAAACUCCGAACUUCUGCAGAACUACACUCGCCUCCAGAACUCUGUUAGUGAACUUCAGUCUCGGGUUCAGGAGCAGGAAAGCAAAGCGAUGGCCAAAGCACAGCACGAUGGCGAGAUACACACGCUGAGGAAAGCACUCGCAGAUGCUGAAAAAGAGGUUUCCAGGUUGAGAUCUCUCACGGAAUUAAAUCCGAGUGCGGAGGUUGAGCAUGCGGACAUUUUGGAGCUCAACACAGUCAUCAAUGCUCUCAGAGCAGAAAAAGAAGAAAUAGAGAAAGAGAAGUCAGCGAUGGUGGAGAAACUCCAGCAAGCUGAGAACCUGGUCACAUUGAGUGAAGCUGAAAGCUCAGAGGACCUUCAGCUCGAAGUUAUGGACUUAAAGAACCAGCUUGAGCAGAGAGAGGAAGCUUUAAAGCGAGCGCAUGUCAGCAUGGACACACUCACAGCAGAGCUGGAGGAACUCGACCGGCAGAACCAGGAGGCCACACAGCAUCUCAUUGCUAUGAAAGAUUUACUCGCUACACAGAAGUCUCAGGCUGAAGCUGAAGUUAGCCGUCUAAAAUCAGAGCGCCCUUUGCUCAGUCAAAAAGAGACGCUUCAUCAGGAGUCAGAGGCUCAGAAGGAGAAACUCAGCCAAAGUGCCUUUACCCUUAAUGACCUACACAUGGGCAAACAGCAGCUGGAGGCCACGAUGCGAGAGCUGAGGGACAAAUUGAAGAAGUCUCAGGAGCUUGGCAAAGAGGCACGCAUGGAGGCCUCCGACCUGAAGAAGCUGCUGCAGGAACGAGAGACUCAGCUGGAUGCUCUUCGUGAGGAGCUGAGUCGAGCAGGGGAGCGGGGGGAUGAAGUAAAAGGUCAAAUGAAAGUUCUGGUAGAGAAGGAGAAAGAACUCCAGGAUGUGAGAAGAGAGCUGGCUGAAUUGAAAGUCUUAAAUGAAAAAGUGUCAUCCGAGGAUUUCGAGUUGAAGAUCGAGAACAGGAAGUUGAAAGAAGAACGCAUUCAGGUUCUUGAGAAAGUAGAGAAUUUGGAUAGACAGAUACAGGAUGGCCAGGCUUCUCUCAGCAGAGUAGUUUUGGAGAAAGACACUCGCAUUGAGGCCUUGAAACUAGAGAAGAACCAGCUAGAAGAUGAGCUGAGUAAAGCAGAGAACCGCCUUUUGGAUCAGACCAAGCAGUACCAGCAAACCAUCGAGAAUCUGACUAGAGCACGAUCCUUGGAUGCCUCUGCAUUGCAGAUGGAACACGAACGUACCGUGAAGCUAAACCAGGAAAAGGACCUGACGAUCGCCUCGCUAAAGCGUGAGAUGGAGCAGAUGGUGGCCGACCACAAAGACACCAGUGAGAUGUUGGACAUCACCGUGGCUGGACAAAAGCAACUCACUGAGCUUUUACAGGAGAAGGAUGCUUUCGCUGCCUCAUUAAAGGCACAAACUGAUGAAGCGAUGAAGGAUUUGGAGGCCACAGUCUCACAGGCGAAGCAAGAAAGUGAUGCAUUAAGGAAAUUGGUGGAGGAGAAGGACAAGCAAAUAGGGGCCACGAAAGAAAAGUGCAGUCACCUUAGGGAGGAAAUUGACCGCCUGAAGGAUCAGCAAAGUAGACCUCAGCCAAUGUCUGAACCAAGGACGCUGGACGUAAUUACCGAGCUGGAAACUGAAGUUUCACAGCUGACUGCUAGAGACAGAUUUGAGGAAGAGGCAAGGACACUAAGGGCAACAUUAGAACAACUACGGGAAUCGCAUAUACAAUCGCAGCAUACUUUACAGGUGCACCAGAGCGAAUUAGAGCAGGCUCGGUCAAGACAUGAGCAAAGCACCCUCAACUACGACAAACUGAUCAGUGCCAAGGACGAGGAGAUUUCAAGGCUGCGGGAAGAGAUGGAGAAACUCAGCUCACAAAGUCAACACACAACUGUGGAAAUUCUUCAAGAGGACAAGACUUGUUCCCUCAGUGGUGAGAAUGGCAACGAGAAGCAUGACUUGUCAAAGGUGGAGUUUGAAAAACUCGUGAAGGGCAUCAAGGAGAAAGAGACUGAGAUUAUCCAGCUAAAUGAGAAGAACCUCUCUUUGACCAAACAGCUUGAUCAGCUUGUGGUGUCUCGCGAUGAACUUGGAAAACUUUCUCAAAUCGUGCUUCAGAAGGAACUCGAAAUCCAAGCGCUCCAUGCCCGGGUUUCAGGUGGGUAUAGCCAGGAUGUGGUGUUGCUUCAGCAGCAGAUGCAAGCGUAUGCAGUCGAACGAGAACAAGUGCUAGCUGUACUAAAUGAAAAGGCGCGAGAGAAUAGCCACCUGCGUUCGGAAUACCAUCGCAUCAUGGAAAUCAUUGCGGCCAAGGAAUCUGCUUUACUUAAGCUUCAACAAGAAAACCAGCGACUGUCCACCAUGAGUGACCCUUCAGGAAGUCAGGAGAUGUUCCGAGAGACCAUACAGAACUUGUCCCGAAUCAUUCGCGAGAAGGAUAUUGAAAUCGAUGCUCUGACUCAGAAAUGCCAGACGUUGGUCACUGUCCUUCAGUCUUCUGGAGCAGACUCUGGAAGCGGUGGUUCAGGCGGUGUGAGCAGCAAUCAAUUCGAAGAGCUUUUGCAUGAAAGAGACAACCUCAAGCAGCAGGUCAAGAAAAUGGAUGAGUGGAAGCAACAGGUGAUAACAACUGUGAAGAACAUGCAACACGAAUCCGCCCAGCUUCAGGACGAGCUUCUGAAACUGCAAGGCCAGGUGUCUGCUGACAGCGACUGCAGCUCCAAACUUUCGGUCGACUACUCCAGACUCAUACAGAGCUACGAGCAGAAGGAGAAAAGGCUGGGCAGUUUGAGUCAGGAACUCGCCCAUGUACAGCAGACCAUCAGCCAGCUUAGUACCACUAAAGAUGUCCUGCUUGGAAAGCUUGACAGUGUUUCUCAGGUUCCAGACUUUUCCGCACAGUCUGUGGAAACUGUAGAACAUCAGGUUGCCCAGGAGGCACCACCAAAACUACCAGUUUUUCAAGAUGAGAACUUGUGGCAAGAACUGGAAACGUUAAAAAGGGCGUUAAUUGAGAAGGAAAAUAUGUUGAAAACGCUUCAGGAGAAUAACCAUCGCUUGUCAAAUUCGGCAUCUUUGUCAGAAAGUGAGCAACGAGGCCAUGCUGAGGAGCUCAGGCAAGCACGGGAGAGAAUUGAGACCCUGCAGGGGUCUCUCAGGGAAAAAGAUCUGCUUAUCAAGACCAAAGGAGACCAACUGCACCAAGUAAGCGAAAUGUUGCGCAACCGUGAAAACGAUAAUGAGGUCCUAAAACAGGCUGUCAUGAACCUGAAGGAGCGAGCACUGAUCUUUGAGCUGGACGUCAAGAAGCUAAAGGAGGAGAACGAAGCCGUGACGGUGAAAUCACGAGAGAAAGAGACAGAGUUUCGAGCUUUACAGGAGACUAACAUGCAGGUGUCGCUGAUGCUGCGGGAGCGAGAGUUUGAGUGUAGCACCAUCACUGAGAAGGCUGCGGCCAUUGAGAAGCUGCUCAAAGAUAGAGAACAGGGAAAGACCGGAGAGCUGAACCAGCUGCUGAAUGAGGUCAAGUCCAUGCAGGAGAAAGCACUGGCUUUCCAGCAGGAGCGAGACCAAGUAAUGCUGGCUCUUAAACAGAAGCAGAUGGAGACUUCUGCCCUACAGAGUGAGCUACAGCACACUCAUGAUAAAGAGCAGAGGCAGAAGCUGGAGUUGGAGCGUCUCCGCAACCAUCUGCUGGAGAUCGAGGACUCGUACACGCGGGAGGCGCUCACGGCAGAGGACCGGGAAAGCGAGCUCAGACGCAGGGUGGCGAUGUUGGAUGAGAGACUGGCGUCGUCCUCCAGUGCCGUAGAGAGCGCCAGUCAACAGGCCAGUCUGCAGGUGGAGUCUCUUCAAGAGCAGUUGAACGUCAUGGCCAGGCAGAGGGACGAGGCUUUUCUUCAACUCCAUGCAGCUCAGGAACAAAUAAACCAAUAUGCAGUGUCCCUGUCAAACCUGCAGAUGGUGCUAGAACAGUUCCAGCAAGAGGAGAAAGCCAUGUAUUCGGCAGAACUAGAGAAACACAAGAAACAGAAGGAGGAGUGGAAGAGGAAAGCGGACAUGCUGGAGGAUAAAGUCUCUGCCAUGCAGCUGAAUCUGGACGAGGCGAACGGCGCAUUAGAGUCGGCUUCCCGUCUCACUGACCAGCUUGACCUGAAGGAGGAGCAGAUCGAGGAGCUGAAGAAACAGGUGGAAAUGAGACAGGAGAUGCUGGAUGAAGCCCAGCACAAACUGACCGAACUUCUCAACAGCACUGAAGGCAAAGUGGACAAAGUGCUAAUGAGGAAUCUGUUUCUCGGUUAUUUCCACACGCCGAGAAACAAACGCGCCGAGGUGCUGAGACUUAUGGGUAAUGUUGUUGGAUUGGAACGGGAUGAAGUCGACAAGAUGUUGGAGGAGGAGGGGAGGAAGGGAGUCACAGGUUGGGUGUCGGGGUGGUUAGGAGGCAGCAGAGCGGUACAGAGCGUUCCCAACACACCCCAAAGACCCACCAGCACCCAAAACCUCAACGGGUCUUUCUCCGAGAUGUUUGUGAAGUUCUUGGAAGUGGAGUCCACUCCAGCUUCCCCCGCUCCCAAACUGCCUGUUUACGAUAUUAAGCCUCUGAGUGCGCCCCCAUAUGGCCGGAAUGCUGCUGGGGCAACUGCAACAGGCUCCUCGGUCAGCGGGAAGCGCAGCACAGACUCAAACCCAUUCCUGGCCCCUCGCUCAGCUGCCGUCCCUCUGUUAACGUCGGGCAGCGGGGGGGCCGCGAGUGGGCACCUGCUCAUGAAGCCCAUCUCGGACGCCCUUCCUACGUUCUCGCCUGUUCCGGUGGCAGCCGACGCCAGCGCUGGGGCGGUCCUUAAAGACCUGCUCAAACAGUGAUUGCCCGACAAUGCUGUCAAUCAAAGCACUUUAGGAGACGCCUGGAGACGGAGCACUACAGCUGUUUCUCAUUGAUUCAUUUAAUAAUUAGGAAACACCAGAAAUACAGAUGCUAAAAAAAUUCCGGUCUGCAGUGCUGAAAUGAUUAUACAAGGUGCUUUCUGAACCAUUGGCAUUUUAUUGAAUCAUUCUGCAGCCUCUAAUCAGAAGUGUCCUUUGGGGAUUUGUUGUGAACAGCAGCAGUUCUGCGUUCACUUUUUAUUAUAGAGAAGAGUGUUUGUCUGAUGAGAGACAGCCAGUUGGCUCGCACAUGCCUGUCGGAUUUAUUAAGACCUUUUCGCCAUCUGUAAAAUCCAUACAAAUAGUGUUUUUCUUUUUUCCUUGAUUUUUUUUUUUUCCCCCCUUGAUUUUUUUUUUUUUUAUUAUUUAAUUUAUUUAAACCAAAUACAAUGCAAAUUUUUCCCCCGUCUCAGUUACAGCAACGACUACCGUCCGAUUACGGUCUGACAGUUAAAUACUCUUAUAAUACUCUAACAUUUGUGCUGUGUAUAUCUGCAAUAUUAUAAAUAUGUACUUAGAAAUGUAAAUCUGAAGCAUUGCUGGAAAAGUUCACAAAUCAAAGAGGCAAAAGAGUGUGUACAUAUCGGUUUCUUAUGGAAAAAAAUGUUCUUGUGUAAAUGUAGCUGUAUAUUAUUACUGGCUAGCAGGGAACGGUUGGGAAGGUGUGUAUUUUAAUUUAACACCAAAAAAUGCAAGAAAUAAACUUCCACUUGUUUUUGCCCCUAAAAAAACUUUUAUGGAACCUGCAGUUUAGCAGGUAUUUGCUGGAAUACUUGGGGUCUUGGGAUUAAUUUGUGAGAGUGUGAUUUAUUAAUUUAAGGGUUGUGCAGGUUUUUAGUUUGGCAUUUUUCUUUUCUUUUUUUUUUUUUUUUUUGAGGUUUCACAUGAAUCACACACAAUAUUUGUAAUUGAAUGCAGAAAUAAAGAUCUCUGCAUAUGCAAA